AUCAGUCUUGCAAGCUGGGGCUAGGGUUUAUUCUGCAGACAAUAAUACGCGACGGUUUCACCAGGCACGCCCAUUGCUAGUGACGCAUGAAUUUCGUUACAGGAUAUUGAAACGUUUGCUUUGUUUAUGGUGGGGAGAGAGAGAUGAGUGAAUAAAAUAAAUUACAAUCAAAGAGGAUUCCGCUACUCGAGUCUCAAGCUAACAGUCAGUGAAGAUGGACGUCAGCGUCUCCGUGUCGUUCUUUCAAGACGAGCUCGCCUCUACCAUCGAGCACGCAGUGAAAGCGGCUGUAGACACCGUCUUGUGCCAAAUCACAAAAGUUGUCGGCGGCAAAUUCACUGAAUUCCGAAUGGAAAUGGCUGGAAAGGAGAAAGAGAAUGAAAGUCUGAAGCUGAGAUUGGAAAUAUCAGAGAGCGAGUUGAAAGCAGUGCGGGAAUGCAUGAACGCUGCAGAUGCAGACAUUAAACAACCUCUCAGAAACAUGAACCCCGACUGCAAUGAACAAGACUUUCAGAGGAACGAGAACCAGGGAUUAUUUCAAGUUCCCAAAGAGAGCCAUGCUUUGCCUAAAUCUGAAGCACAGGAGGGGCCAAGGAUAGAAUCAGUUUACACACAAGAGGAGUCCUUUGAUCGGGGGUGGUGUGCAAGUCUAAAGCAGGUUGCAAAGCUGACAUGUGUUAAAGAUGAAGAGGUCCCUCGACUGGAAUGUGUUCCUAUUAAAGAGGAAUUCAUAGAACAGGAAUGUGUCUCCAUUGCAGAGGAAGUUCCUACUGAAAAUAAUGUCUGUACACUUGAGGAGAACAACCAGCUGGGAUCCAGCCUGUGUGAUGAUUGUCCACCUGAAUGUGAACUGGGAUUUAGAGCUGCUAAAGGGAAUCACACAAGAGUGGCUCCAUUUCCCUGUGCUGAUUGUGGGAAGAGUUUCAGUAGUUUAUCACAGCUUAAAAUCCACCACCGCGUUCACACAGGAGAGAAACCUUAUCCCUGCACUGAGUGCAGGAGGAGAUUCAGUCGUUUAACAGAUCUUAAAAGACACCAGCGCAUUCACACAGGAGAAAAACCUUAUCACUGCACUGAGUGCGAGAUGAGUUUCACGCGAUCAGGAAGUCUUCAAUCACACCAGCGCAUUCACACAGGAGAGAAACCUUAUCAAUGUGCUGAAUGUCUGAACAGUUUCAGUCACUUAUCAAACCUUAAAAGACACCAUCAGAUUCACGCAAGAGUGGAGCCCUAUCCCUUCACUGAAUAUGGAAAGAAGUUCAGUCAGUUACAGACGCUUGAAGGACACAAGAGAAUUCACAGGAUUUCAGACACUAGAGGACAGCUAAACCCGAGGAUAACAUUUGAUUAAAAUAAAGAUAUAUCUGCAAAAAAGAAAUGAAUAAAGUUGAUUGAUAAAUAGGGUUGCUCCUAAUUACUUCAGAUUAAAAACCAUAUACUCCUGGAUGGAAUAUAUGAACUUCUCCAUCUUGUUUGGACCGUUCAUCAUCUUGUAGAUCAUUCUGAUUUUGUUACAUCACAUUAGUAAUCUAUGAAAUGGAUUGUAAUUACUUCUGCAAAAUUCCACUUUCGUCUCAUGCAUUAGGGUUUUUAUAUGUAACUCCCCAUUAGUGACCAAGUCUCCAGCUCUUUCAAGUGAGUGAUAAGCUUUGUCAAUUCUGAACUUCACACCUCAAACAUAGUUGUGUUGUUGACAGGCUCUGACUGUGAUAUAAUGCCCCCAAUAUUGCUCUUAACUGUAUUAAUAUUUGUACUGUGAUUCUUGAAAAUGUAUUUUUGUUUACGACUGUAAGUCGCCCUGGAUAAGAGCGUCUUCUAAGAAAUAAAUAAUAAUAAUAAUAAUAAUAUACAGUUUCAUGAUGGAAAUGGAAAAAUCUGAUUUUAAUCAGUAGCCUGAGACUAAAUGCAAAUGGUGAAUAUCUUGAAAAUGUCCCCUUUUUGGAAUUUUAAUUCAAAUAAUUAAUUUGGUUUUAAAUGUUUUAUUUUAGAUCGCAUCUAGGGGACACACAAAGGGACACUGUCUGUCUUAAAUUGUAGUGUACAACUCGCUGGACAAAUCAUCCCCAUAUUCUGCUUUACAAAAACAGUUUUAAAGAAUUACUCCAAAAACAUUCCCUUUAUAUCUGUCAUCUAUCCUGAUCUAUCAUUUGAGACUUAUUUUAGGGAAGUUACCAUUUGAGAAAUAUAGCCAAACUUAGACCAAUUAUUUCUGUAUCUGAUGCCGACAGACUAAUGCAUGCCUUUGUUUAAUCUAGAAUUGAUUACUGUAAUUAUUAUUAUUAUUAUUAUUAUUAUUAUUAUUAUUAUUAUUAUUAUUUAUUUCUUAUCAGACCUCUUAUCCAGGGCGACUUACAAUCGUAAACAAAAAUACAUUUCAAGAAUCACAGUACAAGUAUUAAUAUAAUUAAGAGCAAGAUAAAUACAAUGACUUUGGUUCUAGCAAGUACAAGUAUAUGACAAAAUACAAAUCAGUAAUGGAGUAGAUAGUUACAUCAGGAUAUAAUUAAAUACAAAAUACUACAGAUUAAAUAACACUUGUGACAGAUUACUGUACUCAAGUACAGGAUUAAAUGCAGUAAAAUAGGGAGCAGAUAAGUGCAAGUAAAGCGCAUUAAGGAAGGGCGAUAAGUGUCCAGAGGGAAAAGGAGUUCUACAGGUGCUGUCUGAAGAGGUGAGUCUUGAGGAGGCGCCGGAAUGUGGUCAGGGACUGGGCAGUCAUGACAUCUCUAGGAAGGUCAUUCCAUCACUGCGGGGCGAGGGUGCAGGUGCGGGCUCUGGGGGCACUUCUCUCUGGUAUCCGUUCAGAAUACCACGGCUAGAAUUCUGACUAAAACCAGGACAAGUAAACAUAUUACCCCAGUUUUAGCCUCCUUACACUGGCUCCCUGUGCAGUAUAGAAUAGGUUAAGAUUUUGCUGUUAACCUAUAAAGCCCUGAAUGGAUUAGCACCUAGUUAUUUGCUGGAGUUACUGACCCCGUAUCAUCUAAAUCACACUCUUAGAUCACAGGAUGUGGGGCUGCUGGUUAUUCCUAGCGUCAACAAAAUGAACACGGGAGGAAGGGCUUUUUCAUGCAGAGCCCCUAAAUGAUGGAAUGCCCUCCCUUCAUUCAUCAGGGAAGCUGGGACUGUUACAGUCUUUGUCAAGACUGAAAACCAUACUUUUAUAAAACUACUCUCUCAUCUUGGUGGGUUUUAAUGUAACUUAAAUUUCUGCUUUUUAAUUUUUUUUUCAUAUGCUGUUUUUUUAAAUAUGCUAUUUAAUAUGUAGCAGUUGUGUGUGUGACAUGCCUGGGGAUCUUUAUACAAAGGUAUUGUGUUGUGUAAAUGCAAUUUCUUUUAAAUGUACUGAGCAGUGCUUUGUGAUACUUUGAAUGAAAAGCACUAUAUAAAUGUAAUAAAUAAAUAACUAUGUUGUGUUUUCCUUGUAUGAAAUGAAUCCAAA